UUUUUCCCCAAAAAACAUUUAUCAUUCACUUGACCCAAAAAAGUACGCUUCGUCUACCAGAUUCCUAUUUAAUCACCAGACUCUUCGAUCGAUUCUGUAUUUCUCUUUCACUUCGCGGUGUUAUUAAUUUAUGGUGAAAGAAGAAACUCAAAUUGCUUUGUUUGGAGAUGGAUUUUCAUGGAAUGAAGAGGAAGGAUCUACAAGCCCUAUGCAAAAAGCAUGGAAUCCCUGGGAAUCUGAAGAACACGGAGAUGUCUAGUAGGCUCGCUUCUCUAUUCGAGACGGAAACGGAAAUUUCGCCUGAGGAAUCUGUAAUGGGGAAUCAAGGUGUAAGCAGAAAGGCGAAGAAAGUGACUUUUAGCCCGGAAAGUGAAAAUCAAGUUUUCGAAUUCACUCGAUCUGCUAAGAAACUUAAGCGGAGGAGUGUUAGUUCGCGUAGCCAACAGAGCGGAAUUAAGCUAAGGCGGUCAAAGCGAAACGCGGCCAAGGGGAUAAGUGGGAUUGUUGAUUCUGAAGGAGAAUGUAGUUCGCCGGAUAUUAUAGAGGUGCAGAUGGUUCCAAGGCGGUCGAAGCGACUUGGCUCUGGUGGCAGUACACAAGAAGACUGUAAAGUGACGGAGUUGAUUGAUGUGGAACAGAUUGAAGAUGAAGAUACCUCGAAAGGACUGUCUCGGAGACGAUCCACGCGGCUAGCAGCUAAAACUGAGAAACCAUGCGUGGAAGGUGGGACAUCGAAGGCAGGACCUUUACUACCAGCUAAGCGGUCGAAACAACUGGAUAAAGAUGAUGAGCUUGUGAAGAGUAACGUGGCGGAGGUCUCUGUGGAUGUUGAGGUUCCGGGAACGAGAAAACGUCAGAGGAAGGGUGUGCAGGAUGACUCUAGAGUUGAAAAGUUUCCUAGGCGGUCAAGGCGAUUUGUGAAUGACAUCGACCUGCAGACCGAUACUCAUGAUCAGAGAAAGUCAGUAAGGGUUGAAGCUGUUGCUGCUAAGGAAAGUAAAGAAGAAAGAAAGACUAAGCGUUCAAAAGGAUCUUCGGUUGUCAGUAGUGGAGAAGGCGAGCUUGUCAAAAACAAAACAAAGGGGCCUUCGAUAGACUUGAUGGAAGCUUGUCAGGAUGUUCCGAAAGCUGAAGUGGUCACACGGCGUUCGAAACGGCUUUGGAACAAUGUUAAUGUGCCGAUAGUGGAUGGAAAUGUGAAGACCGUGAAAGGUAAUGAUCUACAAGUAGAAAAGGCUGUAAAGCAGUCUAGGCAACUUGAAAAGAGUGUCAGUGAACGCGAAGCAGAUGGCCAAGCGCAAAAGGGUGGUAAACAACCAAAGAGAGCUUCAGGGAAUGAUCAUGAGAAUGUAAAGCCUCUAAGACGUUCGAAGCGCACUGCUUCAAUGCAGUUAGCAGCAAACAACCCUGAAGCUGACCUAGUCGUGCCUACAGGAAAAAUCCAUGUUAAGGAUAUUGCUUCAACUGUUGUGCUUGAGGAAAAUGCCAAAACCAAGGACGAAACCCUUAUAUGCACUCCUACAUCCGAGCUUAAGGAUGAUAGUUCCGUAGCUAAGCUAGCAAAAGUAAAAGCAAUCCUGGAAACUUCAGCUGAAUGUUGGAAAGAGAUUCACUCAAGCAAAGAUAAUGAGAAGGAUUACUCUGAGAAGGAUGUACAAGCAUCAACUUUACAUGAAAACUUUUCUGAAUGCAACACUCAGAAUGACAGUGCAGAAGAAAAAAUGGAGAGUAGUGUGGUUGGUUGUAUGAGUGCUGGUCGCUGUGGAAAUCUAACACCAGAAAUGUUUUUGGAGCCAGAAGAAGCGGGGGGCACUAAUGUGGAAGCUAGAUGCACUUCCAAGAAACUGAAAACAAUAGGUCAAGAAUUCGCAAAAGAUAAGCAACAAAUAAUGGCUGGGGACUCGCCUUCUUCGUCUGAAGCCAAAGCUACAGAACCUCUUACGAUUUCGGAGAAUGAUUUUGAUUCUACACUGAAAGUUCCAAGUGUUUUUUCACUGGUAAGAAACGUUCAAGAGUUGAGUUCUGAACUUAAGGAAGGAGAAUGUGAAGAGAAACAUGAGCAAGACGCAGUUCUUAUAGCUUUGACUAAGAAGGACAAAGAGGAAGCGUCAAAAGUGAAAACAUGCCCAGAUAUCAGCAGCGCUGGUGGUUAUCUAUCUGUGGAAAUGACUCCGAUUACUGCCUUAGUACAAUUAGCAACGAGCAACCCUGAAGCUGAGCUCGGCGUGUCGACAGUUACCACCGAGAAAGAUACAAACAAAAAAGAGGAAGCCCUUAUCUGCACUCCUAGAUCUGAGCUUAAAGAUCUUAGCUCUGUUGCUGAGUUAGCCAAAGUUGAAGCGAUCCUGGAAAAUUCAGUUACAUGUUGCAACGAGAUAAUGGCUGGGGACACACCUUCUUCGUCUGCAGCCAAAGCUACAGACCCUCUUACGAUUUCUGAGAAUGUUUUUGAUUCUACGCUGAAAUUUCCAAGUGUCAUUUCACUGGUAAGAAACGUUCAAGAGUUGAGUUCUGAACUCAUGGAAGGAGAAUGUGAAGAGAAACAUGAGCAAGACGCCGUUCUCAUAGCUGUGACUAAGAAGGACAAAGAUGAACCGUCAACAGUAAAAACAAGCCCAGAUAAUAGCAGUGUUGGUGGUUAUCUAUCUGUGGAAAUGACUCCGCUUUCUGCUUCAGUGCAAUUAGCAACGAGCAACCCUGAAGUUGAGCUCGGCGUGUCUACAGUUAUCACCGAGGAAGAUACUAACAAAAAAGAGGAAACCCUUAUUUGCACUCUUAGAUCCGAGCUUAAAGAUCUUAGCUCUGUUGCUAAAUCAGCAAAAGUAGAAGCAAUCCUGGAAAAUUCGGCUGCAUGUUGCGACGAGAUUCAUUCAAGCAAAAAUGACGACAAAGGUUCCUUAGAGAAGGAUAUACAAGCAGAAAAUUUACAUGGAAACUUCUCUGAAUACAACACUGAAACUGGGGGUGCACAAGAACAAGCGGUUAUCUGCAAGGGUGAUCGUAUCAGUGUUGAUCAUUGUGUAAACCUGGAGACGCUGGAUGACAAUCUGGAGAAGUCUGAACGAUCCAUUUCUAGUGAAAGAGGUUGUAAACGAAAAGCGUUGGAGCUAAGCGGAUACUUGUCAACUGACUUUGCUUUCCUCUCUCCUAUGGAAGAAAACGUUUCAGAGUGUGUCAAGGAAGUCGAAAUGAAAGCUUUAUCCCAGCCUAUACCAAUUAACAAAGCUGCUAGUAGCACCCUUGACGAACCAGCUCUAUUCACUACCCCAGAGAGAAACUUAAUGUUGAUGGAAAAAGUCAGCGAAAACGGAAAGAGGCGUGCAGUUGAUUCAGUGACCCAUCACAAUGAUGAAGCAGUAGAGUCUCAUGCUGUUGUUUUCACAACUCCUGAACAAGUUUUAUUGCUGGGUGAUUCAGGGCUAGAUGAGGUGGGAAAGGAAGAGGAACAUACAGCCACAAACCUUCCUGGUGAUUCUGAUGUUCUCAAUUCCACCGAGAGAGACUCAAUGUUGCAAAACGAAGCUAGAAAUGAAGGAGAAAGUGUAGUUGUUGAGCUUCAUGACGACUCUAACAUUGCCACUACUCCUCUAAAACAAUCCAGUGUGGGAGACUUCGAAGGAGAUGGAAUCGAAAGGAAUGAAGAAAAUAAGACUGAGCUCCAUUGUGAAUCUGGCACUUGCACUACCCCGGAUAGUCAUGCAGUCUUUGGAAACUCUGUAUCAGAUGGAGCAGAAAAUAGUGGAGGAAGCAAGGCUACGGAGUUCAAUGAAAAUCCUGUUGUUUUCACUGGUUUGGAGGUGAUACAUGAGGGUUUUGGAUAUUCUGGACAAGAUGAAGACCCUGAACUAGGCGAAGCAGAAUGGUUAGGAAUCAAUAUUGCUGACAAGUCAAGUCCUUGUACAAGCCUGGAGAGACAAUUGUUGUAUGGAGACUCUGAACAAAAGAAAGCCGUAAAGACUGCAGAAAAGGCGGCUGCAGAGUUUCAUGAUGACUCUUUUAAUCCCAAUUUUCCAGAAAGACAUCCCUUUGCGGAAGAGCCUGAACUGGUAGAAACUGCAAAAAGUGAUGAAGAUAAGGCUGUGGAAUUGCAAGUUGACUGUGACAUUUUCACUGGUGCCGAGAAACAAUUAUUGCUUGAAACAGAGGAAGGCUUGAAAGGAAACAAUAUAAUUGCCAACUCUCAUGAAAUAUCUGAUGUUCUCACUGCUUCGGAGGGCCACUCUCGUGAAUCUGACAUUUCCACUGACCUGGAGAGGCGUUUAUUGUCUGAAGACUCUGGAUUACACGAAACAAGAAAGAUGAAAGAUAAUACGUCAGCCACUUGCGAAGAGUAUUUGAUUUUCACUUCUCCAGAGAAAAAUCAGCUUUUUGGAAACUCUGAACUACCCACUGCUGGAAAGCAAGAAGGAAAAGUGGAGUUCAAGGACGAAUCUGCCCUCUUCACUAGGCUCGAGAGCCGUUUGCUUUUGGAAGAGUCUGGACAGGACCGACUUGGUAAUGAAGAGUCUGCCCCUUCCACAAACAUCCAGAAUCAGAUAAGCGAUGCAUUGGAGGAAUUGGCAAUAACAGACAAUGAUGAAGCAGACGAUCUCAUAGAAGCAAAUGUAACAAUGAAUACUGAAAGAGACUACAAGGGAAAUCUUCUGUUGGACUCCUCAGGUGGCGCUCCUGUUUCUGGAAAGACAUGCGUCGUAGUUGCAACGGAGGAUCAUGAGCACUUAGGCUGUAAUUCGGGAGAAGAUUUUAGAAACACAUGGGCGACAAGUGGUGGUAGCAGAGCUCUCGAAGAUGAAGCAACCGGUCCAAUUGCUACUCCCUUUGCAGAGAAAGCCAUCUCGCUGAUUCCUAAUGAAUUCAUUGUUCAGGAUAAUAAAACCGAAGAAGAGACAACCAUGGAAGCAGAAAGAAAUGCUCCUCUCAGCCCCUGUGUACUUACCUUACCAGCUGAAGGUGAUUUCGAGAUAUUUGGUGAAAAUUCCAGCCACUUUGAAAUUGCUGGAACCAGUUCCAUGGAGUCAGAAGAAUCUUCCCUUUCCUUAGACAUUCAGAACCAGAUAAAAGACGCACUGGAGGAAUCGGCAGUAACAGACAACAAUGAAGCAGACGAGCUCACUGAAGCAAAAGUAACGAGGAACUUGGACUCUUCAGUUUCUGAGAAGACAUGCGUCUUAGGUGGCACGGAGGAUGAGCACCUUGGCUUUAAUUGUGAAGUAGAAAACACAUGUGACGAAAGUGGUCGCAAAUUUCUCAAAGAUGAAGCAACUGAUCCAAUGGCUACUGCCGCCUUUGAGAAAGAGAUCUCUCCAACUCCUGAUGAAUUUACUGUUACGAAUAACAGAAAUGAAGAAGCAGAUGAGGAAACGAUUAAGAGAGAAACCACUCCAAGUGCUGAAAAAACCUUGAAUGAGUAUUUGAACACUGAUGCAUCAGGUACGUCAUCUGAGAAUCAGGUAAGAGGAGAACCAGUCUUAAUUUACAGAACAGAAGUGAAGCCUAAAAGGCAUGUCAUGAAAGAGAAUGCACCAUACUCAAAGAUUGUGGAUAAUCUUAACGUAACAGCUCCAAGGACAUCAAAGAGACAGCCGCUCCAAGACUUGAGGAAGAACUAGAAGACUGAUUUUGCAUAUCUCAUGCACCUUUAGAUAUUUGUCUAAAACUUGCUAAUAAUUUAGUUUCUGGAACCUAUUUUCUUGCGUUGAAAAAACCUUUCAGAUUUAUAGUUUGUUCGUGAGUCUUUGAUUAUAUAAAGACCCUUUUGAUUUCUUGUGCUGCAAAAUUGCCAAUAGAUACAUGUUAU